AUGGCCUCCCUCGGCCCCCUCGCCAGCCUGCUCUUCCUCGCCGUGCUGCUUUCCCGGGAGCCGGCCGCCCAGCGGGCGCCGCCAGCUGCCGGCCCCCUGCCCGCCGCCCUGCCCCUGCUGCGGGCCCUGCAGGAGCGGGCACCGGGCGGCCGGGGCUGGCGGGCGCCGCCGGCCGGCGGGCAGCCCCUGCGCUACAUGCUGGACCUGUACCGGCGCGCUGCCGACCGCCAAGGGCGGCCCCGGCGCCGCCGUGGCGGCCUGGGCACCAACACCGUCCGCCUGGUGCGGGCCAGCUCCUCCGGGCGCCAGCCCUGGGCAGGUCGCUGGUACGUGCAGCCCCUCGCCUACCGCCUGGAGAGCCAGCCGGCAGCCGAGCGCCUGCUGCGCGCCGUGGUGGUGUACCCGCAAAGCCUGGCGCUGGCCCGCGGCCACCUCCUGUGCGCCCUGGAGCCGGCGGCUGGCGAGGCGCCGCUCGGGCCCGGGGCUCCGCGCCGCCGCGGGCCCCGGGGCUGGGCCGAAGCAGAUGUCACCCCGUACCUGACAGCAGGCAAUGGCAGCGUGGCGGCCCCGGCCCUCCGCCUGCGGCACGUGUGCGUCCGGGCGGGCUGGGCCAGCGGCCCCAACGACACCACCGCUGUCCCCGGCGAGCCCUUCCUCCUGCUCUACUUGAACGACACGCGGGCCGGGCCCCAGCCGCAGGCAGGGGGGCCCGGGCCCCUGCUGCGGCGCCGGGCCCGCGAGGCGCCCAACCUGGCCCAGGACCUCCCCGGCUACCUGCGGGACCAGGGGGCCGAGAAGAGCGACUGCUCCCUGCGCUCCUUCCCCGUCAGCUUUGCCCAGCUGGGCUGGGACCACUGGAUCAUCGCGCCGCACCGCUACAACCCCCGGUACUGCAAGGGCGCCUGUCCCCGCCUGCUCCGCUACGACUACCACGCGCCCAACCACGCCGUGGUGCAGAACUUUGUCCACCAGCUGGUGGACGCCAGCGUGCCCCGGCCCUCCUGCGUCCCCUACCGCUACAGCCCCAUCAGCGUCCUCAUGAUCGAGCACAACGGCGGCAUCCUCUACAAGGAGUACGAGAACAUGAUCGCAGAGUCCUGCACGUGCCGGUAA